GGAAGCACCGCCAAUUAUAUCCCCGUCCGCUGCUUUCCCAGCCAUAUAUACCCUCUUCUGCUUUCCGUUUCUCACCGUGCGCGAUACCCUCCUAAGACUGCCCCAGUCGGACAGCAAUGGCCAGAGAGCACGAUCGAGCCCGAUCAUCGACCGUCGCCGUAGCCGCGUCCCCGCCCUCCAGCUUCCCUAAACGUUUUGGCUUCCGCGCGCGCAGCGCCAGUCGCUCCCGCACCUCCCAGGAACCAGCUCUCAGCAAGAAAGACCUGCCCCCUGAACCGGUCUCGGAUGCGGAUGCUGAUAGGAGAGCGGACGGGGAGAGGGGGAGAAUCCAUAGGACGGACGCUAGCGGCGGAACCGCGACGGGUAGUGCGUCACCCGCUCUUCAGUCCUCCAGUAAACUACCCAAGCGCAAUGCGAGCAGAGACCCAGAUCUGUCAGGAGCUGAACGUGAGGAAACCGGCAUCAUCAAGCGCAUGACGACCAGGAUACGCCGCCGCGUCUCCGGUGCCCUCCCCCAAGUCCCCGCGCACAGCGCCUCCCUCUCCAAGCACGGCUCCCCGCCCCUCCCGAACGAAUUUACGAACAAGGAGCUGCGCGAAAAAGCUCUCCGCGAGCGUGGGCUGCUCCCCACGCGCGACCUCUCUGCGCAGGAGGCCGCGCGCGACCAGUGCAAGACGUACGUGAAGCCCCUGAGCGACGAGGAGGCGGGGCGCGGCGGCAAGACCGCCGCGAUGCGCGUGCGCGAGGAGUACGAGGCGCGCGAGCGGGAGCUACGGUCAGUGCCCCCGUCUGACGAGUGCGAGGUGCCGAGGAUGGACGACGUUGCAGGCACGAGUACGAAUGAGGCGCAGGACGUGAGCCGGACUCUGACGGCCAGCCCUGUGUCGGAGAAGCUUACGGAGCGGGCGGUAUCCUCUCCCUCGAUUGUCACGACUACACAACCACAACAACCGCACUCCCAGUCCUUGCCGUCGCCUACCUCGCCCACAACCAGCGGCUCCUUUUCCGACCGAUUCGCGCGUCUCCCGCCGCACCCCACCAAGCGACCCCCUCCUCCGCCCAUCCAAAUCUCCUCCUCCCCCGCCACGCCCGUAAACGCCACCCCAAAACUCUUGCCCUCUCCCCCACCCCACGUCCCUUCGUCCUCUGCUCCGCUCUCCCCGACAGCGUCCCGCCCCGGCCUGAUCAAGAGCAACAGCACGAGCACGCGCAACACGACCGACUCGGAGGUGCCCUCGCUCUCGCUCUCCGCGUCCGACUCGUCGAGCGUGCAGUCGCCGGCGUCGCCGCGGGACGUCGAGCUGCAGGACAUGCGCCGCCGGGCGUCCCUCGGGCCCAUCGACGGGGUCCUGGGCAACCCGCAGGAGGCGUUCACGCCGCUGCAGCGGAUCGCGGAGAUGGAGAUGCGCGCGGGGUGUGACGAGCACGGCGUCGCGCGCGGGAGGGCGCGGGAGAGCAAGACGAAGACGCUUCCGCUGCCCCCCGCGCAUGUGACUGCAAGGCCAGUGAGCGCGGCGCCGUCGGAGGCGAGUUCGACCGAGAAGCGCAAGUCCUUCGCGCUCUUCUCGAGACGGCCAUCUGGCUCUGCGUCUGACUCUGAAGGCCCUUCACUCAAGAAAGGUUCCUUCACCAGCUUGCGUCGGACACUCAACGGCGGGGAGAAGCGACCGAAGACCUCGUACAACCCCCCGCCGUCCAGCUUCGCUGGGCGCCACAGGGGUGCUUCCGCCCCUGCCCCGCGCCCUCCCUCUGAGUAUGUGGACGAUGCGGAUAGUAAGCGGCCCGGGGUAGGCCUGCGGAGGGCGCCCGCGAACCCGACAAUGCAUUCUCGUGGCAGCAUAUUGUUGGAGAUGAAGGGGAUCGAGGAUUCGGAAAGCCGGCGGUUGAGUGAGAUGGCGUUUUUGGACUAGUUUCGCGAGGCGCUAGCCCGGGACAUAGUACUAGUACCACCCACUUUCGUUCAUGUUCGUUCUAACUUCUGUGCAAUUGUGUAUACUGUACAUUUCGCGAGUAAUAUUUAUUCGUCAUCCA